CGCGCCCGGCGCCUGCGCGCGCCUGCGCCCAGCCUAACGGCGCGGUGGCGGCGCGGUGGCGGUCCGGCCGCCGCCAUGGCGUACUCGACGUGCUGCAGGGUGGCCAUGGUGUCCUGCCUGGUGCUCUGCGUCUCCCUCCUCCUGCCGCGGACCUUCCUGUCCCGGGGCGGCGGCAGGCAGGAGCCCGGGGCCGCGCCGUUCGCAGCGCCCGCGCCGCCCGAGGGGAAGCUGAAUCGCUUUCCACCGAGGAUGCAUUACCAGGCCACUCCUGACAGCCGAGCUGCCCCUCAUUUUCCAAGGUCUCACCUUGCUGAAGCAGUUGCCAAAGCCAAGGCAGGUGGAGGUGGUGGUGGAAGCACUGGUGGAACUGGAAGAGGUCUUGUGGGGCAGAUUAUCCCUAUAUAUGGAUUUGGCAUCUUCUUAUAUAUCCUGUACAUUUUAUUUAAGCUGGCUUCCAAGGGAAAAACUGCUGCUGGAGAGCGGAAAUGCCCUACUGCUGCACCUGGAAACAUGAAGAGGAAGAUCACUGACUAUGAGCUCACUCAACUCCAGGAAAAACUGAGAGAGACCGAAGAAGCUAUGGAAAAAUUAAUCAACAGAGUGGGACCUAACUAUGACAGCAGGACUCAGAAUGUUACAACAGACCAGGAAAAAAGGCUACUUCAGCAACUCCGGGAAAUUACUAGAGUUAUGAAGGAAGGAAAAUUCAUAGAUGGCAUCUCUCCUGAGAAGGAAGCUGAAGAAGCUCCUUACAUGGAGGAUUGGGAAGGUUAUCCAGAAGAGACCUAUCCUGUCUAUGACAAUUCUGGUUGCUUCAAGCGCAAACAGGACACAAUCCUUGUAGAUUACCCUGACCCGAGCCAGCCCUCUGCAGAAGAGCUGGCAGAAAGAAUGGAGGGCACAGAAGAUGAGGAACAUCUGUGCAAUGAAACGCUGCUAAUGGAUCUCACCAUGGGAAGGGGCGGUCAUGAUUUAAUGCAGAAAAAGGACGAGAUCACUGGCAUCAGCGAAGAGGAGGGGGACCUUCAUCAUAGCCAAAGCAGCGAGGAGUGCUGCUGUUGUUAUCAGGGUGAUGAUCCUGCUGUUAUAGCAGAGAAUGCUGGAUUCCACAACGAGAGCUGCAGCGAAGCAGAAGAGUCACCCCAAGAGGACCUGUCUGUGGAGUCGGAAGAUGAAAAUGCAGUCCUGAAGAAGCAGAAGGCCAGUGAUUCGGAUGAAACAGGCACACUGAGAAAGCGCAACACAAAAGGACUUGAGCAAUAAGGACAAUAGUAGAUGUUACCUAGAUGAUGAAUGUAGAGGUCAUAAACUGUCAUUUGUGUGGUUUUA